AUGGUGCCAUUUCCUCGCGCGGGAUCCUUUUCACCAAAUCCUGCCCAACCACACUUUGGUGCGAACCACUCGCCGCACCCUUCGUACGGGUCUGGCGCUGCAUUCAGCGUCAGUGCCAGUGGCAGUCCAAACAAUAGCAGCCCGGCCGGAAGCAAUUCCUUAACCAAGAUUGUGGUUGCGCAGGUGUAUCUCCUGCUCAGCACACUCAAGGACAACCAGGAUAAGGCCAAGUGGGAGCAACAAGUUGAUCAACUAAGAAAGCUCAUCGAUGAAUACGGUAUGGAGGUCUUCCCCAAAUACUUCACGCGGCUGGUAGCCAGCAAUGCGUCGCAAAUCUUCCCCACCCACAAUCGUUCCACGACGAACCAGGGCAAUUACCGUGUCCUCGUGGAAGAGAUGCAGAAAAUAUCCAAAGUUCCAGAUCAGGCAUCGAAGAUUGCGGAAUCGAUUGAAUCGGGAACCGAGGACAUAUUCCGUGAUUUUGACCUAUCAACAUUCAUGGAGCAUUUCAAGCUUGACGCCUUCGACAAGACCAUCCUUGCACUGGGCUUCAAGCUCUGCUCACGAUCAGACCUCAAGACCAAAGCCGACGCGAUCUUGUCAACGAACUUCAACAACUUCUUGGAAAUCCUCUCACGGCCUGCACAGCAGUCGCAUACCGAGAUGAGCCCCGGAUUCAUAGCCCUUGUUGUGGACCGUUUUCUGCAAUACCACCCGCCCAACUUCAACGCAUCCUCGCGUCGUGAUCUGACAGGAGCUGCCCUGAAUCGUUACGUGGCUGCUGAUACUACACCACCGCCGGAGGUGGUCGCGGCGUUCGAAAUGGGUAGGGUCCUUCUCGAUCGCCCUAGUACCGCGUUAGCGAGAUACAUUCAGAAGAUUGGCCCCGAAUUCACGCGGACUUCGCAAAGUGUUGUCGAGCACCUUCAGAGCAAGCCCAGCAAUAUCACUCUCAGUCCAGAACAGGUGUCUUUGGCUUUGACUUUCACUUCGGUCAGCCAGGCUCGCGAGUACGAUCCAAGCGCUUUGCUUGCCGGUCUCCAGCGAGUUCUACCUCCCGAUUUCAGCUGGACCGACGUUGUUGUCAGCUUCGACCAACCCGGCGCUCGGAUUUCAUCGCCACAGUUCCUGCGCCUGUAUGAGGCCUUACGUCCGAUUGCGCAGGACCCAACCAAGCACUUUGACAUCCAGAGGCUUUGGGGUGGUGCUUGGAAUGACCCCGAGGCUCAACUGUCCUUUGUUUGCGCCUUUACGUAUCUCAAACCUUCUGAGUUGGAUGCAACUACCAUUCCAGGAUUGGUGUCCAGUAUCAAGCUAGAGGACUACGCAUCAUCCUCGUCUAGCGUACAGCAGCGGGCCGCUUUCGCUGUCAAGCACCCUCUGGUCUCCACAGCCGCUCUUGCAUCCAUCUUCGACGUUGCGCUCAACAGCCAUGGGGCGUCGCAAAGCGUCGAGGCUAAACGCCUGUUUCAAGAUGUUGUCGUACCGAAUCUCGACAUUUUCUUGGUUUCCGCCCUAGAUGUGCCGCGGGACAACUGGGGUCCCAUGGCUGUGGACACAGUCAACACAAUCUUUGAUACAUUUCUUAAUAAGGGCCACGAACACGACGAUUUUGUUAUGGACAGCCUGUGGAGGAAGAACAAGGACUGGGUCAAGACUCGCUUGAUUGACACGCAUGCCCAUAAGCCGCUCGAGCUUCCAGCUACGCUUGAACAGGCUGUCCGGCACGGAUGGCUCGAUGACUUGGUGUAUGAGAUGAAUGGAUUUGGAAUGGACCUGGCAUCCUUGGCCCAUGCGGAGGGUUACCUGGACCUUGCCCAAUGGCAACAGGCCAACGCUGAACGGAGCGACGUUGUCGCGCAGCUGAUCCUUCGUUUCCUACUGAUUAAAGCGCAGCUCGAAAGCAGUUACCAGCGACCACCGGAUGGACAACCGGCCGUCAAGACCACAACUACUCUGCAAGUUCGAACGGUUUCUCAGCUCCUCCAGAUCGUCGGCGAUUACAUGCCCACCAUCAAUCCCAUCCCAGACCUGAUCGCCGUUCAACGCAGUUGCAUCACCGCCUAUCCUCGGCUCAUCAACUAUGGCGAGGGUUUCGACGAUAUCAUCGACGCCAAUGGCAGGAACGGCAAUGCGCUCAACUCGGUGGCGAACGCCAAAAUGGAAGAGCACUACAAGAAGAUGUACGGCGACGAGCUCCAGGUCAGAGAGAUUGUCGGUAUCUUGGACCAGUACAAGCACUCGCGGGAUCCGCUGGAUCAGGACGUAUUUGCGUGCAUGAUUCACGGGCUUUUCGACGAAUAUGCUCACUUCUCUGGGUACCCCUUGGAAGCCUUGGCCACGACAGCUGUGCUUUUUGGUGGCAUCAUCUCCCACAGACUAAUCUCGGAACUUCCCCUGCAAAUAGGAUUGGGCAUGAUCCUUGAAGCCGUUCGUGACCAUGCCCCUGAUCAACCCAUGUACAAGUUUGGGCUUCAAGCGCUUAUGCAGCUUCUUGUCCGCUUCCGUGAGUGGCCCGGAUUCUGCAAGCAACUGGUGCAAAUCCCGGGACUGCGAGGUACGGAAGCAUUCAAGAAGGCAGAGGAAACGUUGCGGGAGCACGAGGAGGAGCUGAGACGAGGACACAACGGGACAACCACGCCGCCUGGUCUGGGAUUCGGCGAGGAUGGCUUCACGAACGGUCACAGUGAGGACCCUGGCUUGUCCGACGGCCAACCACCGCCGUUCCGUGCGUUACACGUGGACCCCAUCCCUUCAGACGCUGGGUUUGAAGACCCAAGCGAGGAUGCCCAAGACCGCAUCCAAUUCUCACUCAACAACUUGACAGAAUCCACCUUGCAUUCCAUGUCCGAUGAACUCCGCCAAACCAUGGAGCACGGUCACCAGCAGUGGUUUGCGAGUCACCUCGUGGAGGAAAGAGCUAAGAUGCAGCCAAAUUAUCACCAUGUGUAUUUGGAACUUAUCAACCUACUGCAUACCCCUAGAUUACUGGGUGAGGUGUUGCGGGAAACAUACGUGAGCGUCGCUCGCAUGCUCAACUCAGAAGGGACAAUGCAAAACUCGACAGAGCGCACCCAUCUGAAGAACCUGGGUGGUUGGCUUGGACUGCUCACGCUCGCCCGCGACAAGCCCAUCAAACAUCGCAACAUUGCAUUCAAGCAGCUACUCAUUGAGGCGCACGACACCAAGAGACUCAUCGUGGUCAUCCCCUUUGUCUGCAAGGUUCUGUCUCAGGGUGCUUUAUCUGCCGUCUUCCGACCACCGAAUCCUUGGCUGAUGGACAUUAUCUACCUGCUGAUCGACCUGUACCACAAUGCUGAGCUCAAGUUAAACCUCAAGUUUGAGAUUGAGGUUCUAUGCAAGGGCUUGAAUCUCGACCACAAGAGUAUCGAACCGUCGGGCGAGAUCCUCAACCGACCCGCACUGGAAGAAUCAGCUGGCGUCCAUCCCGCCGAUCAGCUCGACACGUUCGAAAGUCUCUCGCUCAAUGGUCUUGGUCCCGCGGUCGCUAGUGGGCUUCAAUCACAAGCCAACGCACCUACACUGCCCGAGCUUGGCCCACUCAUUACCAUCCCGCCUGCCAACGAAAUGGUCGUCAGCACUGGUCGCUUGCACGAGAUUGUGCUCACUGCUCUCACGAGAGCUCUCCAAGACAUCAUCCAACCAGUCGUCGAUCGCUCUAUCACUAUUGCUGCUAUCUCAACAAUGCAAAUGAUACGCAAAGACUUUGUCACAGAACCCGAUGAGGCUCGCGUACGAACAUCUGCCGUCAACAUGGUCAAGGCCACUGCGGGAAGCCUGGCCUUGGUCACUAGCAAAGAGCCGCUGCGUGCCAACUUUACUAAUUACGUCCGUGGCCUGGCCAACGACCUGCCUUCAGGUCUGCCGGAAGGCACAAUCAUCAUGUGUGUUAACUCGAACAUUGAGUUGGCAUGCAGUAUCAUCGAGAAGCAGGCUGAGGAGAGAGCCAUCCCCGAAAUCGAGCAGAUGAUGGCGCCAGAGCUUGAGAAUCGCAGAAUCCACCGCGCAACUCGACCAAACGAGCCGUAUUAUGACAGCAACGCGAGCCGAUGGUCCAUGACGAUUCCGAAUCCCUACAAGCUCAGUCCUAACAUGGAUGGCCUCAAUCCCGAGCAGAUGGCCAUCUAUGAGGACUUUGGUAGGCAGCCCCGCUCCACCACAGCAUCGUCCGGCCAGGCGCAUGCUCCCUCGACGUCAGAUGCCACUAGGUCCCUCGCCAAUGAGGUUUUGCAGGAGCAAUACACUCCCCUGCCCAAUCUCCCAACGCCUGCCGAGACACCGUCUGCACAGCAUUUGGGGAAUCCGAUACAACCUUAUCCCCCGGUCAACUCCAACGUAGCGGGCAACAUUGCCAACGGCCGAACGCCAACGUACCAUCUGGAGAUGCGUGCGCUCGGAGAGCGCAUCAACAAGCUACUGCAAGAGCUACAGCGGGUCGCUGGCGAAGCACGCGAAGAGCACUUUGUUGGCUUGCCACGACCUCAUCCUGUGCUGGAUGUUGUUGACGCCUUGAUGCAGCUCAUUAUCAAGGCUCAGGCUUCCGAGGAAUUCGUCAUGUAUGCCGUGGAGCAGAUCAGCACGCACAUUUUCCAGAGCGAAGACAGCCUGACGUUGGAAAGUCUGGUACAUGUGCUUGAGCAUGUCAUGAAGAUUUCCGGGGGCGCUGUGAACAGUCGCGUACACAUCAUCUUCAGCCAGCAGCCGGGUCAGAGCUACCUAAGCCUGCCCUUGCUCAACGCACUGAUCCACACUGAUCUUCUAGACUGGAAGGUCAUUGACCUCGCUUUGUCGCGUGCCUUGGAAAGCCGCAAGGAGACUGCUCUCGAAUUCCUGGACAGCGUUCUGGACCUAGCACUGCUCAACAACAGGCCUAUCGCGAUGUUUGCUGACUUUGUUCGCACUCUAGAGGAGGCAUGGGCUUGCAUCUCCGAGUCUCCCAAUUCGCCCGUGGCCCAGCAGCUCAGGGAAAAAUUGACGGCCCCAGCUCCCCAGAUUCUGGAGGGUGAGAAUCAGGACGCGUUUCGACUGGACCAGAUGGAGUAUUGCUUCGAGGAAUGGGUACACCUCUGCAACAACUUCAAUGUGCCCGAAAAGGCCACCACACUGUUCCUGCACCAGCUUCAGUCGAAGCAGGUUGUCCGCAAUCGCGAUGACUUUUAUGUCUUCGUCCGCGUGGCAAUGGACAUGUCAUUUGAUCGUUUCGAGCGCUGUAUCCGCGCAGGCAAUGUCGCUGACAGCUACGUGACCAUCGAUGCUCUGGCCACGCUCAUCAGCAUUUUCAUCAGCUGCCAGGCCGAUGAUGAAGGUGCUCGACCCAAGCUAUUGGAUUCCGUGUUGGCUUUGAUAUCUCUAAUUGUCAACUUCCAACAGUCGAAGCGAGGCGAGGCGGUAACGCAGAAAGUCUCUUUCCGACUCCUGUCGAUGCUGUUGCACCAGGUGCUCAACAUUUCGAGCGACUUCAGUGACGAAGAACGCCAGCAGAUGGUGCUCAAGUUUGCGCGGAGGUUCAGCGGAUUGGGACCCUUGCACAUCCCGGGCUUCGUGUUUGGCUGGCUGGAGCUUAUCAAACAUCGCGCAUUCCUUCCCACCGUGCUCAGUCUCCCGAACAACGAGGGUUGGAAGCCAUUUGCCGAUCUCGUUUGCCAGCUCUUGGAAUGCGUUGGAGAGCACCUCAAGGCCAUCACUGUCUCUGACAUUGGGAAAGAAUUGUACCGUGCCGCUUGGAAGCUGCUCGUCGUCGUGCAGCACGACUAUCCCGACUUUGUGUGCGCACACCAGAUCCGGUUCUGCGCCAACGUGCCACCCCAUUGCACGCAGCUCAUCAACACAAUUCUUGCCGCCCACCCACAGCAAGCUGGCCAGCCGGAUGAUGCGGCCGGCACUGUGGGCGAUGAGGCUACCAGGAUUCUCCACGACAGUGGUCUCUUGAACAUUGUGGAUCAAGCUAUCCGGAACGGUCCUUCCGAAGAUGUGGUGGCGCAAAUUGGGCACACCAUGUCGCAAGAUGGGGGCCGUAAUACUGGUUUCGGCCAUGCUGCCAUGUCCGUCAACGCGCUGGUUGUCGGAGCUGUUGUGGUCCACCUAGGCAACAGCGUAACCGAGAGAGCUCGACAAGUCGGUGGGCCAGUCGCUGUGGCGGGUGACGAGCCUGAGGUGGCCACCCUUUCUAUGCUGAUCCACGAGCUGUCUCCUGUCGUGCGGUACUACCUCUUGGCCAGCAUUAUCAACCAGCUGCGUGCCCACACGCCCCAGACCGAAUUCUACAGCCAGGCUUUGCUGCACAUAUUCGGUAAUGACAUGGAAGAUCCUGAGGAGAUGGUCAUUCGACAGGACAUUACCCGCAUUCUGUUGGAGAGACUUGGCGGAUUCUGGCCGCAUCCCUGGGGAUUGAUGGCCACAAUCGUCGAGCUCCUGAAGAACGAGAAGUAUUCGUUCUUUGACUUGCCUUUUAUUAAGGCUGAUCCCGAGGUGAGCCUGAACUGGUCCUCUCUUUUGUUUGUUUAA